AUGGGCUCUCUCUUUUUGUCGUCAAACUAUACCCCAGAGGCCGUUUCUCCUACUGAUAUUCGCGUGGCCAGUCUAGCGUGGGGAUUCACACUGGGAUUCAGCUUCCUGACCUCGGUGAAGGCUGGGCGGCAGACUGCUACGAUCUGGCGUCGAGCCCAUCGGGUCACGACAUAUGUCGCGCUCAUAUGGGGAGAGAUGCUAGUUUCGACUAUCUUCGGGUUCAUAUGCUGGUUUUACAUAGACCACUUCUUCAAUCCUAGUUUCGCUUUCUUUUUCUCAAUCCUAACGUUAUGGGCAUUACAAGUACAGUUUCUUCUUCAGAUCAUUAUAAACCGGAUCAACCUCCUGAUUACCAAUAAACGAAAAGUCGCGUAUAUCAAAUGGGGCACUGCAGGAUUGAUUACUGCCAUCAACAUCUCAGUUUAUUGCAUUUGGAUUCCUGCUCGCCUGCAGGUCAGUGAGCGAUAUAUUCACAUUAACGAAGUCUGGGACCGUUGCGAGAAGGGGAUUUACUUGAUCGUCGAUGCCGCGUUGAAUAUGUAUUUCCUGUAUCUUGUGAAGAACAAAUUGAUGGCACGUGGCAUGUCCAAGUACAAGCCAUUGUUCAGAUUCAACGCCGCCAUUGUUAUUGUCUCAUUGAGCAUGGAUGUUCUUAUCAUUGCCAUGAUGAGCAUGAAGAACACUUUCGUUUAUAUGCAGUUUCACCCCAUCGCCUAUAUCGUCAAACUUAAUAUCGAAAUGAGCAUGGCUGAGCUCAUCACGAAAGUCGCUCAGGCGCCCAAUCAUGCGGGACCAGGCAGCAGUAGCGGGCCACACACAUCCAGCGCCGAUCCCAACUCGACUGGAGUCAGCAGGUCUUGGUAUCACAAAGGCGGAAAGGACGACAAGCGGCACUCCAGCCGAGGGCGAAAUGCCCAGGAUGGUGCGAUAGACACCAUUACGGUGACGACAGACCGCCGAAUGGAUGGCGUUACAAGUCCAGACCCAGUCAAGAACUACUCAGCCUGGAUCUCGGUCGGCGACCACGCCGCUCGCGACGUCGAAUCUCAACGUCGAUACCAACGCAGUCACGCGCAUUUUGAGGAUGAGGAAGACGAACUCGAUGACGGCCAAAGAGAAACUCAUGAGAUGGGUUUUAUUGACUUCGUCAAGGGCGGCGGACGAAGGGUGGACGAAAAUGUCAUUGUCAAAGCCAUGGAGACGAUAGUCACGACCAAGGGUGUCGAUGGCAGUGGAAGUGUCACCCCUUCCACCAACACUGCCAUGGGUGAUGUCAGUCGCGGUACGAGUGAGACCGGGUCCACCAACGAAUUGAAGCCAUCAAGAUGA